AUGGAGCAAAAAGAUCCUAAUCCCCAGCUCCUGGAAGUCCUGCGCUCGCACCAGGAAGAGAUCACCGUUCUCCUGGACACAUGGAUGUCAAGGCUCAGCGCGCAGCUCGCAGGAUGCUGGGUGCCAGAAGCGACGUCGUCCUUCUCGCCGGGGAGAUCCGGAAGUCCGAGACGUGAGCCUCGUGAGCCUCGUGAGCCUCUUGAGCUUGAGCCGCUGCCUGUAGACCCUUUGGAUGCCUCUGCAGAAUCAGCCGGAUCAGCCGGCUCCGACUUUGAGCCUCCCAUGGACAUCAGCGCAGAGGUAAGGCAAGAGGCUACAGAUCCCAACGAGAAGGUUGAUAGCAGCUAUAUACUGGCCAGGCAGACUGAUCGCCGGAUCUUGAAUGCUUUCAACAAGCUCACGUCCUUCACCAUCUAUGGGCCGAAUCAUCCGAAGAAGUCGAGGAGGCUGUCCGGAUGGGCAGCCGUCCGAGCACGGGUACAGGUAUUGAUGAAUUCCCACGUGUCACACGUGUUCUGGGCAUUGGUGAUAAUGACGAACUCUGUGUACUUGGGAGUGCAUCUCGACUGGAGCGUCGAUCAUCGAGGCUCAUCCGGGAAUCCGACUUUCUUUGCCCUUCAUUUGGUCUACGCACUCCUCUUCACCCUCGAAGUUGUGCUGCGAGUCAUGGCCUGGGGAUGCAGAGCUCUUCUAUGGGGCCAGGACUGGCACUGGAAUUGGCUUGACUUGUUUGUCGUCAUCUCAUCAUGGGUGGAGUUUGCCCUCGACUUGACAAACUCGGCUGAGGAUCAAGUGAGCAGGGGCAACAGCAACUUCCGGUUAAUGAGGCUGUUGCGACUUGGGCGGCUCGUUCGUGUUGUGCGCAUUGUCCGCGUGGUACGCCUCUUCCGAGCUUUGAGGACGUUAGUAGCAUCGUUGGCGGGAACACUGAAGUCACUGUUUUGGUCUUUCUUGCUGCUGGGCUUGAUCAUCUACAUCUUUGCGAUCCUCUUCACAGACAUUGUUCUGGAUCAUCUGAUAGAGUACGACAUCGCCCGGUCCCGCGAUGACCCGAUGCAGGUGCCUCGGAAUCAAUAUUCAGUGUGGGCCCCAUGCUGUUGGGGGAGUGUCCUGCUACAACGCACCAAAUAA